CGCGGACGCUCGACGGCUGCGGUUCUGUGCGCGCGCGCGCGCGCGCGUUUUGUGAAUUUUACCGGAUUGUAUAAACUCGCUGUUUUUCCUUUUUCUCACUUUCAAACUGCGCGUAGACAGUCGCUUGCUUUUUUGGAGGAGUUCGCUUGCUGAAACACAUUUGACUAUAGCAUAUAGUUAUACGGCGACGGCAGGAUUUUGCGCUUGGGCAGGCUCCCUUCCAGCUCGGCCAUAAGCGCAAUUAUUCCGUCGCAGCAACGAUAAACCUGCAUACUAUAGAUCAGUGAACUCGAGCCGAGCAACACAGCCCCUCCCGCCGUCGUCAGCAGGUCUAUAGUCGACAGCAGCCCCACUUCUUUGCGAAAAAAAAGGCAAGGUUCGCUUAGGAGCGAGACUAGUCGCGCUCGCGCGCUCGCAACAUGUACAGCGUGCACGUGACGACGGGCAGCAGAGGUGGCUCGUCCGGCGACCGGCGAGGCUCCUGCAGUACGACCCCCGACAGCGAGAUCGUUUACCGGCAUCGACCCAAGGAUUCCAUACCUCUCAGGGUGUUUAAUUACAUCAAGCAGCAGUUUCAGCCUGAACCAGUUCAAGAGGCGGAAAUCGAAGAUCUCGGAGGAGUUUUAGGGGGCUCGGGGACAGUGGGCGUUGGGAUCCGCCAUCGGCCCGAGGAACUGGCUACUCUCGCGGCCAAGACCCGUUUCACCCGUAAGGAGAUACAGAUGAUCUACCGAGGCUUCAAACAGGAGUGUCCCACUGGCUACGUCGACGAGGACGCCUUCAAGCACAUCUUCUCCCAGUUCUUCCCUCAAGGCGAUGCGAGUCAAUACGCUCACUACGUAUUCAACACGAUAAAGCAGAAGCAGACGACCGGCAAGAUAAACUUCGAGGAAUUCCUGACGAUCCUGUCGAACAUUUCACGAGGUUCGGUCGAGGAGAAGCUCCAGUGGGUUUUCGGGCUUUACGACCUCGACGGGGACGGCCUCAUCAGCAAGGAAGAGAUGCUGGACGUAGUUGGCUCGAUCUACGAGAUGCUUGGACGAUACACGACGCCCCACAUCGCCGAGCCUCACCAGGCGGCUCGGGAACACGUCGAUCGCAUAUUUCAUCUGAUCGACGCCAACAAGGACGGCUUCGUAACGAUCGACGAGCUAGUUCAGUGGUGUUCCAAGGACGAGCACCUUCUGCGUAGCUUCGACACCCUGGACACCGUGCUGUGAACUGCGCGAGCAGCGCCCUCUAUGUCGUUCGCUAGCGCGUCAGCGCAAGCUCCAAACCAUGUUGAAAAGGCGUAUAAAGCAGUCGAUUUCGCGAUUCUAGGCUUUUGAGCGCUGCUGCUUUUGCCGCCCUGUCUUCUAUAAUACCACGAGCGACGUUUUGCCCCGCUGCACUUUGACGGGGUGUACGAAUCGCCUCGACGCUUUUUAGGUUAGGCUUUACGCUCGAAGGCUCGAAACAACGCCCCGAAGAAGUUUUGCACCGCGGGAGGCGCUGGAGUAUGCUGCACUAUUAUUGAAGAGGUGAGAAUCGAGUAUUGAGGCAUAGCUGAUCGAGCUUUCGUGGAGCGAAAUUUUCAUUGACCGAUAUACUUACCAGUGAAUGAAUGACAUCGAGGCUUCUCUCGCAAGUAUAAAAUUGAAUCGUUGUACAACUUUGAUUGAUACUUAUACUUUUGAAAAAUUCACGCCUUUUAAUUGAUAAAAUAAAUACAUUACGUAACAAACGAUUACGUGUACAAAACGAACAGUUAACGUAUUUUAUUCAAGUAUUCGAAUGUGCCAAAAAGCUCACACGCUGUAUUCUGAUGAUAACUAUAUUAGUUCAUUCACUGGUCGGCUUGUUUUAAGCUUUACACAUAAACAACAAAAAGAAAUUUUGUAAGUAGAAAUUUAGCGAAAUUUCGAUUGACGAUUUUAAUCCUCUAAGUGUACAUAUAUAGAAGCAAGUGUGCAGCUGAUCGAUUCGAUUUAUUUUGGUUAUCGUUCUACUUUUUUGCGAGUUUGCUUGUAUGACACGCGCAAAUAAAAUUUAUUAUUUAUAUAAGCUCCUCGGCUAUGCGAAGCAUUAGCCAGAGUAAUGAAAGAAUAAUAUUGGACUUGAUGUAGAAUUAAUUUGUUCUGCGUUGCGAAGUUCUAUGCAUUAAGUGAAUACGAGAUGGUAAAAUUUGCAAAGCAUCCAUUAGUUAGAUUGUAGUACACCGCAAUCGUUUUCGUGUUGCUUCAAAUUUAUGCUCCGAUUUUUUAAUUUUUAACUUCAUUAUACAUACAUUAUAUUCGUGUAAAAGUAAUUCAAUUACGCACUUGCAAAGUUGGUUUAAAUAUACUAUUUAAUAAUAUAAGUGAUAUGUAUUAAAAAUAAGGAAAUGCUACUGCGAAGAUAAACAAAUUCAGCGAAAUAUUAUUAUUUACAAGCGCGGUUCUUUUAUAUAGUAAGAGGCGAAAGCGAAUAAUUUUUUGUAUUUAUAAUUACAAUCAUAAUACUUGCUUGAUACACCCAUGAUGUUAAUUUUUAAUCCUGAUGAUAUGUGUAUUCUACUUCAGUAGGCAAACAGUAUUAAGCGUUGCAAAAUUAAGUAUACAAAAUAUACCAAAGUCUUUUUGAAAUAUUAGAUCAUUGGACGACAGAAGGCUUAAAUAAUCAAGUACUUGCAACUUAUAAAGCAUAAUAUUUAAAUUCUACUAUACAAUUCUGCAUAUUAUUCGAAUAAUGAUGUAGUUAGAAUGUCAGCAGAUUUUCCCUUAAAAUUUUAACUCAACAAAACUCGUCAAGAGAAUCGAUGUAAUAUUUCUAUAUGACAAAUCUCGACGAGGCAGAAAGUAUAUUGUCGUUUGUAGAAAUUUUUACUAAUCGAAUUUGAAAGAAUGCCUAUAUCGAAAAUUUCCUGUAUAACAUACAUAUACAAAAUUCUUCCAACACUCUCGUACUAAAGAGUUUCAUGUACCUGACACACACCGUGAAUUAUAAUUAGACAUAGAGUCUAUAUCGACAAGAGGAUUAUUCGUAAAUAUUCUAACUUCGAUAAUAGCAACAGAGAGAUAUAUAAUAUAUAGAACUACACUCUUCGCCUUCUCAGGAAAACUCUAUUCCAUAAUAAGUCUAUGAGCGAACACCAGCGAACUUGAAUUUAAAUUGUAUAUCCCUUCGCUUCAUCCAACCAUAGAAGUCGGUUGAUUUUUCGGAUGAUACCGAUAAAAAGCCAAGCGGAAAAUGACCUAUAUUUCGGCUGUGCUACGCAACACGGGGUUCAUUUCACGCUCAGCGCUAUCUCUCACGCUACUGAAUUUCGCGCUGCACAAUAAUAUAAAUUCAGGCCAGUCGAUAUAAUGCGCGCACGCAGCUCUGACAUUGAUUUUCGCAGCGCGGAAUCUACGCUUCCCCAUAUCCCUCCCUCCCUUUUGUCGUGAGUAUAGUGCGCGGAUAUCGGAUCCCCUCGGAUUUAAUAAACUAUGCCGAGUCAAGAAUUUUUUUUAUUUACUUCAAAAAUAUGUAGAAUUGAUUCGAUUAGGUAUCAGAAAUCUAAGUAAAUGAACUGUGAAAAGUGACGGUGAGAUUCAAGUAAAUAGUCGUUCAAUGUUUUUUUAAUAUCUCAUUAUAUGAGGGUAAACGAUACGAAGCAAAAUUCGUUGCGCUAAUACUCACUACUGUAAAUAUUGUAUAACGACGCUAUAAAAAUAUUGUAAUCUUGUAUAUGAUGUACCUGACCUAUGCGCCAUACACUUAUUACGAAGGAUACUAUAUAUUUCUGCAAAAACUAUGAAUAUGCGACAAACAAAGAGAAAAAACGGACCCAUCCAGUCUUUCAAGAAAAACGUUGUUUAAACAAAAAUUACAUAAUGUAUAAUCCAGGAUUAAUAAAUGCGCGCGGCACUCGAGUAAUGCGCGACACACCGUCCGCGACGUGACGCGCGUUUGCGGUAGUUUCACUGCUGCAAAGUUGUUUUAUGAUGAAUGAUGCGUUGUAUGCUCUCGUCUCGUAAUGCGCGCGACCCGCAUUUUAUUUCUCGACGAAUUUCGUCCCUUGCAACUAAAAUUCAACAAAAUAUAUAACAUGAAAAUUAAUUUACCCACUACUACGUCGUUGUAAAGUUCAAAAGUGAAAACGAAAUUCGCGCGAAUUCGAAUGUAGGUCGCUUGUUCAAACGUACACAGAAGAAAACGAGCCUCGAAACUUUACUCGUAACAAUAAAAACAAGUAAAUUAUUCAGAAUUCGACGCGCAGUCGUAACGACAGCACUCAGCCUUCAAUUUUCCAAUUUUCCGCGCGAUAAACAGCGAAAGCUCUCUCGACUCUUCGAAAAAGCUCUCAGCGAAAUUUAAUAAUCGCCGCGAUAAGUAUACGAGGCUCGUAUAGUACAAGACGCAGCGCAAUAAAAAUCAAGAAACAAAAAGCGCAACGUCGCGGACGCGCAGCAUCUGCGACCCGCCGCUAUAUAUACAUUAUAUACCGCAUAGCUAUACGUAGAAUCUGUUCUUUUUUUUACCAGUCGCCUGUAGGUACACGAGAGACACAGUGAGAAUAGAUCAUAGAGAGAUUACGUUUGCACUCGAGGAAGUAAAACACAUGGAAGAGCAUCUCUUUGCGGUAAUAUAUGUUUUGUGCGUCAUAUUGCGAGACGCGCACUUUUGCAAAAUCUGUAGAAAUCGUAUGUAUACUUUAUGCGGACGGAGGAAAAAUUGAAGCGCAAGCUAUUCUCGAAGAAGCAAAAAGUAUCUAAGAAAAUAUGUUAUUUUGAUAUAUUCCUUCGUUUUACUUGUGUCUUAUGAUGACAAACAAAACCGUAUACUCAAUUUUUCCUUCUGUCCACACGCUGUUAGAAAUAGCUGCUUGGAUCUGAAGUAAAAAGCACUUUUAAUCCGUAUUACAUUAAAAAAUUCAAUCUUCUAUUUCUCGUACAUCAUGAACAUACGUGGCUGUAUUUCGAAGAAAAUUAAACUAGGAGAAGCAAUUGGAGACUCAAUUUUUACUCGGAUCUCAAGUAAUUAAUUCUAAGAGCGCAGCUCCUGUACAUUUGUUACAUAUAAUCAUUGCGUACAAUAUAUAGCUAGUUUCUCCCGCAGUCUCCUGGCAAACGGUUGCGACGACGUGCUUAGGGUACCUACUUGAGAAGAGCGAAUAUAAGCCCACCGCACACGCGGAAGAAGAAAGGAGGAUACGAUAUGAAAGCAGCAGCAGCAGCAGUGCGGUGUACUUUAUUAGCGGCGAUAAGUUUUCUCUCGGCUCUUGUUGCCGGAGCGUGAUACUAUACUCAUUAUGAAAUUAGCGCAGUGUCGCUCUUUAUUAGCUGUGGUAUGUAGUAUGUACUGUGUAGAAGUCAAAAUUUGUAAUCGUAAUUAUAUACAGAACAAAUCUUUCGGCUGAUAUCCAACCUUUUGACGUAUAUAAGUAUAGUCUAAUUCAAAACUCUAUGCUCUUUAAAGUCCAUCUCGGAUUCGCUCUAUUACGGUACACUGCACUGGCUGCCCGAGGCAGAAGAUAACUUUUACUGAGCGUGUGUAUUACCUGGCGAACGACCUUCUUGUGUCGAAGGGAUGGAGAAGUGCUGAUGUACCGAUGCUGGAGUGUGUGGGAACGAAAUUAAAAGACACUGACGGUUCGUGCACCGAGUCGGGAGCGUUUGUCUCGAUCGGAUUUGAACUUUUGAUUUGACUUUGAAUUCGUAAUCGCCGUUUGCGCAGUUCGUGAAGAUUAUUGAUUGUAAAUUAUAUUGAGAGGCACACCUAACGAAAUCCGAAGGCUGCACACACCCAAGAGUGUGACUUUUCAUCUGUACCUCGAGCAUAUUAUAUUAUAAUCAGCAAAUCGCUAUAAGAUAACUACGAAUUAUUAAUUAAUCAUAACUAAUAAAUAAACAUUACGCAUAUAUAAUUGUUACGAAUUUCCGCGCGUGCAUUUGUCGCCGUUCUAUUAUCGAGCUAUAACGUAUACGUAAAACGUAUCACGAAAGGUCCACUGCAUUCACUUUGCAUUUGAAACACACGUGACCUGUGAGCCAGGGAAAAAAAUGAUCGCGCAUUAUGUAAUCCCUGAGGGGAUGUAACGAGCGCUCGGCCACGUGAGAGUGAUAUUGCGCUCUUGCAAGUGCUUCGGUCGAGAGUCUAAUGGAACGACGAGAAGAUGAGAGAGAGAGAGAGAGAGAGAGAGAGAGAGAGAGAGAGAGAGAGAGAGAGAGAAGGCAACACACGUUAACUCUUGUCAUGCAUCCUCUGCAAUAAAUAUUUUAUUGAAGAAAUA